AAUCGAACGACUCUGCUCGCUGUUGUCCUUCGGUGCAGAUCCAUGGCUUCUUCCUUCUCCUUCCUCCUCCUCCUCUUCGUUUUCCCUUUCGCCGCGCUCCUCCUCGCCCUUGCGGUCCUCGUCCGCCCCCGACCGGCGCGGAUCCCCCUCAAGGGGAGGCACCUGCUCGUCUCCGGCGGUUCCAGCGGCAUCGGCCUCGCCAUCGCGCGCCGCGCCGCCGCCGAGGGAGCCCGCGUCUCCAUCCUCGCGCGAGAUCGCUCCCGCCUCGAAGAAGCACGGGAAACCAUCCGCCUCGCGACCGGCGUCGACGCAUCGGUCAUCGCGGUUGACGUCCGCGAUGCCGAGGGCGUCGCCCGCGCCAUCGAAGCCCUUGACCCCGUCGACGUCCUCAUCUGCAACCAAGGCGUGUUCGUGCCGCAGGAGCUCGAUCUGCAGAGCCUAGAUGAGGUCAGAUUCAUGGUCGAUGUCAACCUCAUGGGCACAUUUCACCUGAUCAAGGCUGCUCUGCCUGCCAUGAAGAAGAGGGCCAGAGAGACUGGCAUCCCCGCAUCAAUUGCCCUAAUGUCCUCCCAAGCUGGUCAGGUGGGUGUUUAUGGUUAUACGGCAUACUCAGCUAGUAAAUUUGCACUUCGUGGUCUUGCAGAGGCAUUGCAACAUGAGGUUGUUGCAGAUAAUAUUCAUGUCACUCUCAUAUUCCCUCCAGAUACUGAAACACCAGGGCUUGCUGAAGAGUUGAAGCGAAGACCAGAGGUUACAAACAAAAUUGCAGCAUCCACAGGUGGCAUGAAGGCUGAUGAAGUCGCGCAAAUAGCCUUGAAUGGGAUCAAGUCAGCACUAUUCGUUGUUCCUUGCAACUUUGAGGGAGCCAUGCUUUGCAUUGCAACAGCCGGUAUGUCUCCUCAACCAUCCAUCUUCAUGGCAUUCAGAGAGGUUCUCGGUGCAAGCCUCAUGCGCCUCGUAGGGUUGUGCUUCCAGUGGAAUUGGUUUGGGGUCAUAAGUGACACGCCAAGAAGGGCAUGUAGGGCCGAGUAGUUUCUUGGUCUUUUGGAUAUGUACUCGUAAAGUUUUAGAACUUCAUGUAGUUCAAUAAGAGAACAAAUGCAAUGCCAACUAACUCUUUUAAGUUGUAAAAUACUUCUUGUGUGUUUGAUCUCUUUAAUUCAAAGGGUCGUUGUGUUAGGAUAAA